GUUUAAAUGGUCUUUGUUUUGGGAGGAAUCCCAGCCCCCAGUCUUCCUAUUUGAAAACUAAAGAACAAAAUGUAUGACAGUUAAGAUGGAAGAAAACCAGUAUACAUCACUGACGGUACCUACGGAUUAUUUUCAGCAGUGGUGAGUUGGUGUCGGAGGUGGCAGGUCAUGGAAAACUUCUCAUGUUUAUCUCCCUGACGUCUUCAUUUUCAUGCAUGAGAUGGAGAAAAUAAAUAAAUAGCAUCUGACACACGACAUCAAACAUACCUGUAUUCUUUGUAUUUAGGCUUGUAGCAAGUGGCAGUGUAAUUAUUAAGGAUAAUAACCAUUUUAACAUAAAUUGUCCUUUUUUAAAUGGGAAGUGGACCAACAGCUUGUAUAAAAAGUACCCUAAGUUGUAAUUCAAUACAUGUAAUUAACUGGCAAAUGUAAUUGCCAGUUACAAUGUGAUGUUUUUGUACUCUGUAGCUGGUUUGGUAAAUUGACAAUGAUAUUUCUUAAAUAUUGGACUUGUUACUAUAUUAUUAUGCAGUUAUUACAACAUGACUUGCUACAGGCUUCAUAUAAAUACAGUGGCUCUUACGCAGCCCUUUCUGCCAACUGUGGAAUGAACGGGACCAUAUAAGAAACUCUUGACCUGUAGUUGGCUUCACAUUAAUCACAGUUGUUUGUAUGUCUUCAUUCCAUUGUGGUCCGCCUUACCUGAGCGCACAUCAAAGUCGGUGUUAAAAAGAUUUGUGGAUGCAAUGAGUGUCGCAGGUUAGAGGCUGAAAAAACCAACCCAGCUGCAAUUAGAGCGAGGAAAUCUACUGUUAGAGCUGGACUCACAUGCUCUACACUGAAUGAAAUGCAGAGAAUACAAACAGGUGUAUAUCAGCGCAUGUGUGUUUGUACGUAUCGUGUCUUGUAAGUUUGCCUCAAAAAAACACUUCUCCACGCACCCCAUUGAGCACCAGACAUCAUUUGUCCUUUCUUGCUUUGUCCGGGUCCCGUUUCGUUUUUCUUCUUUGUCUCACCUUCCUUCCUUCCUUCCUUCUCCUCCUCCGUUUUCUAGGUACCAGUCCAGCCAGCAGCACCCCGAGGCGCAGCAUGUGAUGUCGUAUCACAACAUGGGCCACUACGCAGAAGGGCCCAGAGAUGACCUCGUCAUGGCCGAGCUGUCUGUCCACCGGGAACCAACUGUCUACCAGGAACCUUUUUACCAGAACUAUAACCCCCCGGCCCAAAAUCACUACCAGGAGCUGACCUACCAGCCGCACCUCAGGGAGCAGCAGCAGCAGCAGCAGCAGCAGCAUCCUGCGCACCUGCACCACCAACAUACAAUACAGCAGCUGGAGCCGAGUGUUCAGCACCAACCUCAGCCUGCUGCUGCCGCUCAAGUUGUGACUCCGGUGAAGAAGAAGAGAGGCCGGCCUCCAAAGCAGCCAGCGGAGGAUGGCAAGACGCAGGAGGAGGAGAACGAGAUCGAGGCCGCGAAAAAAGCCAAGAGGGCUCUCAACCGCUUCAACGGCAUGUCGGUGGCCGAGGUUAUGACCAAAACCCUGCCUGACGUUAUCACCUACAAUCUGGACAUUCUGAUAAUUGGAAUUAACCCGGGACUAUUGUCAGCCUUCAAAGGACGCCAUUAUCCGAACCCAGGAAACCAUUUCUGGAAAUGUCUGUUUCUCUCUGGUCUAACUGACGAGCAGCUCAACUUCAUGCAUGACCAGAGCCUGCCGGAGACAUAUAACAUCGGCUUCACCAACAUGGUAGAGAGGACCACGCCCGGCAGCAAGGACCUCUCCAGUAAGGAGAUUCGAGAAGGAGGUCGACAGUUACUUGACAAGCUGCAGAAAUACAAACCAUUAAUAGCAGCUUUUAAUGGAAAAGGUAUUUAUGAAAUAUUCUGCAAAGAAACUUUUGGUGUAAAGGCGAAGAAUCUCGAAUUUGGUCUGCAGCCGUACAAAAUCCCAGAAACUGAAACGGUGUGCUACCUGAUGCCGUCAUCGAGCCCUCGCUGUGCCCAGUUUCCCCGCGCGCAGGACAAGGUACAUUUCUACAUCAAGCUGAAGGAGCUGCGGGACCAGAUGAAAGGCCUGGUACCCAAGAUCGAGGUGGAGGAGACGCAGUACUCGUUCGAUCUGCAUCUAGCAAAAGAGGAUGCGAAGAGGAUGGCAAUCAAAGAGGAGCAGGUGGAUCCAGAGUAUGAAAGCUGUAGUGGGCUGCCUGGUGACACGAGGCGAAGCAGCAACUCCACCAACUAAAGGAGGCCGAGGAGAGGAGAACAAACAGGCCUGUCUGCCGUAGCACACAGAAAUGGACAUUGUAGGCCAGUCAGCGGACAACAUGAUGCGGGACCACUGCAGUUGGAGAGGUUCGCUGAACAGAAACCAGAUACCAGCUGUACUAGUAGCAUGAUGCAUCAAUGAGGCUGACAAACCUUCUGACGACGCCACAAGAAAGAGAAGUCAUACCGUUUCCUGAGGCCUCGCAGUGUGACGCACAAGAGAGAAAGUGUCCACCACGGUCACAUUUUCUAACUCUCAAACAGACUGCAUGUUUUUGGUGUUAUUUUUUAUCACUAUUUAUUGCAUUUUGUAUGGUACAUGUGUCCAGUGACUUAUUUUUGUAUUUUGAAAGAACGACAUUUUAUGAUUUAUCAGCUGUAUAAAUAGGUAAUUGUACUCGGAGUUUCUAAUCUGUAAUUACAGAGUUAUUAAAUCUCUUCUAAAGCUG